AUGAACGGAUCCUCAUCGCUGUCCAAAAUCUUGGACCCUCAGCCUCCUCUUCUGGACCAGCAGCACGCUCAGCAGCCGUUCUACAACCAUACUCCAGGCAAUACCUCUUACUCGGGUGGCGCAGCGCAAUACAACGAACCCCCAUCCGGACCCAGCACUGCCAGCCCAGCAGUCGCAGCCUCGACGGAUUCCACCCAGCCGGAUCAGUCUGCCGCGACGACGCCUCGUAAGGGACAUGCUUGCCGACCUUGCGCGACUGCCAGGGUCAAAUGCGAAGAAACGAAGCCGUGCAAGCGCUGUGUCUCCAGAAACCUCGAGUGUGUCUCGUCUGAGAUCGGCCAUGGGCACUCAAAGAAUAUCGCGCACUUUCCGGCCGAAGCAGCUGCCCAGACUGCGUCCACAGAGUCGAGCGAGCCAUCGCCCUCGUCUCAUCCACACCAAUCCUCCAUCCCCGACACUGCCAGCUCCGUCCCAGCUGCGCACACCAACACGACACCUGGAUCGCAGACUACCCAGCUUCCUCACGAUGACGGUCAACUGCCAACACCUGAGAGUGCACAGGAGCAGAAUAAUUUUCAUAACAACCAAAUGGCGUACGGCUACGUGCAUCCCUCCACAGAGCAGAUGGAUACUUCGCAAAUGCUAGCGCAACCUACCGCCAAUAUGAUGGAUCCCGCGGCCAUGCCCUUUUUCGACUUCUUACGAGAUGUGCUCUACGACCAACCCUUCAACCCGUCGCGAAACGCAGAUCCCCAUGGCCUUGAUGUAUUGGAUUUCUGCGACAAUACCAAUCUGGAAAUGACGGACAUGGACUUUGGGCUCCUGGAUAAUUGGAAUCUGGAUCUUAUGGGAAACAUGCCCCGAUCGAGGCGGGAGGGCAGUAUUAGCCGCCCUGAGACGGCGGGCGAAGUCGCACAGAUGCGCAACGCACUUGUCAGGGGCUGGACGGAAUCACCUUGGCGCUGGCAGCCAAAGGAGCACGACACAGGUUAUACAGAACUGGGACAUAUGCCGGUCAGCAGCAGCCAAGCUGCCAAGAUGCAUCUAAAGAGAGGCGAUAACAAGGCUUUUCGAGUUUCAGAGGAGAAGCUGGAGCAGUCUGGGCGAGACAGGUUGCUCUCUUCAGUGCUCAGUACUUGCAAGACCGACAGUAGCAGGAACCAGGUUGCUGCAUCAUUUCCAACAGUUGAGCUGAUGGACAGCAUGAUUCACAUUUUCCUGGCGGCGCAUGCAUGUCAAGUGUCAGGCUGGAUCCAUUUUCCCAGCUUCAAACUGAAUGAGCAGUGGCCUGAGUGGAUAGGAACCGCCGCAGCUGCCGGAGCAGUGUCAACGCCGGUACCGACGCUGCGGAAAUUUGGAUUUGCCGUGCAAGAAGCUAUUCGUAUCACGAUACCCUCCCGGUUCGAAGCCAACAACACUGCAAUUCAAAACCUGGGUCUGGUCCAAUCUCUCAUUCUCUGGGAAGAUAUUGCCCUCUGGAGUGGAAAUCGACGCAAGAUGGAGAUUGCAGAAUGUCACCUUGCCAUUCCGGUAACGAUGAUGCGGUAUCGUGGCAAGCUUCAGCGCGCCAACUAUCCUUUGAUGGAGGUUCGCGCGUCGGACGAAGGAGAAGAACUUGAAGAAAAAUGGAAGACUUGGGUUUCUCGAGAGCAGUGGAAACGACUGGCAUUUCACUGUUACCUUCGUGAAGCGCAAGUGUCCAUGACAACGUUGACGAACCCGUGCAUGUCAUAUGGAGAAAUGACGCUGCCAUUGCCAGAGUCUAGAGAGUUGUGGUUCGCUCCAACGGCGGCAGAGUGGAAAGCCAAGUAUAUGGAGCGUCAUUCUGGUCAAACGAAGCGGCCGCCAUCGCUAGGAGACUUGUUUUACGAGGUGCACAAGCUUCCAGCCAACGCAUCGCGUUUGGAUCUUCAGCUAUCUAUUUCGAUAUACCUUCAUGGGUUUUGGAGCUUGAUAUUGGAGUAUCGUCAACUCAGCGCGGUGCACCGAACCCGAUCAUAUACGAGCAACAUGAACUCGGCGUCAAGCUUGCUCCUUAACUCGCGGCACCAAGAGCUGGUAAGAGAGCUGCAAAACUUUCAAUUGGUGGCCGGAGACUGGCCAGACAUGUCGGUGCAGGAGCAAGUCGUGCUGCAUCUGUUGCAGAUGAACCUCCAUGUGUCGCUUGAUGACCUGCAGCUAUUCUCUGGCAAAGAGGGCGAGGAUCAGGCCCGUCGAAUCUACCCUGUUCUCCAGCAGUGGGCAGCAAGCACCGCGGCGCGAACUGCAGUGUUUGGCGCAGGACAGAUUCUGCGCUGCGCGAAGAUGUUUCCGCGAGACCAUCUGAACGGAUUCUAUGCCGUCGCAGUGCAUCACGCCGCCCUUGCCCUGUGGACGUAUGGUGUGGUUAACAAGGCCAACCGGCAGCAAACGAUGACAUCGCAAUACGCCUACGGAAACGUCUAUCUUGACGACCAGGACUCACUGUCCGUGCAGCGGUUUAUUGGAUUCGACCAAGGCCGCCCGCUGAUUCGCGGCCCGAGAUUCUGCGUGCCAAUGUGUCUCAGGCUUGGCGAUGCGGCUUGGGCGGUUGGACUGGGUUAG